AUGGAAGGGAAAAGUGGAGGGAGAGAGAUUUUCAGGAGAGAACAGGGGGCUUCUGACUGGAAACUGGACCAUCCAGAUUGGACGGGGCGACUUCGUGUGACCUCCAAAGGCAAAACUGCAUACAUAAAACUGGAGGAUAAGGUUUCAGGGGAACUUUUUGCUCAGGCUCCUAUAGACCAAUACCCUGGCAUUGCAGUGGAGACUGUGACAGAUUCCAGCCGCUAUUUUGUCAUUCGGAUUCAGAAUGGGACUGGACGAAGUGCUUUUAUUGGCAUUGGCUUCGUGGAUCGAGGUGAUGCGUUUGACUUCAAUGUCUCCUUGCAGGAUCAUUUCAAGUGGGUAAAGCAAGAGACUGAGAUCUCCAAGGAAUCCCAGGAAGCUGACACACGUCCAAAAUUAGAUUUAGGAUUCAAGGAAGGACAGACCAUCAAACUGAACAUUGGGAACAUGGCUACCAAGAAAGGAGGCGCAGCCAAGCCCCGUGCACCAGGCUCAGGGGGCCUCAGCCUGCUCCCGCCACCACCGGGAGGCAAAAUUGCAUCCCCUCCUGUCCCUUCCCCCUCUUCCUCAGCCGUUGUCAACCACGUCACACCGCCGCCCGUGCAGAAAUCCAGCAACGCGAGCAGCACGGAUAUUCUGUUAGACUUGGGCACACCUGUACCUGCAUCAAAGGCACCAGCUACUGCAGACCUCUGGGGAGACUUCAGCACUGCAUCCAGUGCUGUUCCUAAUCAGGCUCCUCAACAAUCCAACUGGGUCCAGUUCUGAAUGGUCAAAGCAAUGGAAUGGAACAAACUGGUGACCAAGAGGCUCCAGAAACACCAAAUGGGAUCAGAAGGGGAUACAAAACUCUUUAGUCUUCAAUCAAAAACAAGUUGGGACAAUCCCUCCUUUUUAAAAUAGAUCUUCACUUCCGUCAAAAUGUACUAAUUUAA